CCAAACUGCCCUCCCGUUCAGGCUCCACGCCCCCCAGAAGAGUCCGGCCUCCCCUCCUUUAACUGCCUCCAUGCCGCGGAAGCUCGCUCGGCUCCCACUCUCACUUGGCUUCCCCAUCCAUAGGAGGCCGGGAAUGUAGUAACAGCUUGAUGUGACCUCACUUCUCCUCCGCUCCCCUCUCCUCUGUCCUGACUCCUGUCGCCCGACGACGCCACUGGUCCGCGCGGCGCCAGCCCAGAUGUUUCUCCACUCCCUCCUGGUGCAAAAAAUGGCAAAGAACACGCGGCAGCCAAGAAAGGAUGGCGGCGCGAGAUCAGGCGGCCGGAGGUCCCCGUGGUACCAGCGCGCGGUGGAGGUGCUCCUCCUCGUCUGGAAGCAGCCGGCGGCGGCGCCGGCGACGAAGGCCGCGGCGGCGUCGGGGGUGACGGCGGCCACCGGCAAGGGUGGCGCGGCGCCGGGGGGGCCGGGGCCCGGGCCCGGGCGGCUGCGCAAGUCGUCGUCGCUGAACGUGGCGGCGUCGUUCACGCGGGUGUGCCUGUGCGCGCCCAUCUCCUCGUACAACAGCGAGUCGUUCUACUGCUUCCAGGCCGACGCGGCGCCGCGGCGGAGCUACAGUUACCCGCGCGCGUCGUCGGCGUCGGCGUCCGGUUGCGGCGUCAGCCCUCUGGUGGCCCCGCCGCCCGCGGCGGAGCAGGCCGCCGCAGCCGUUGGACGGGGCCGGCCGGGCGCGGGCAAGGGCGGCGUCGGCGGCGGGGAGGGCGCGGCGCGGCGCGUGUUCCGGGGCAAGUCCCUGACGGACGACAUCCUGAUGCGGCGGUUCGUGGUGGACGAGGAGGCCACGCGGCGGCGCAACGAGAUGGAGGUGAUCCGGCGGCGCCACGCCGCGGCCUCCAAGCGCCGGCGCCUGGGCCCCAGCCCCCUCCGCCGGAUGGCGCUGGCGGAGUCGGAGGCCGAGGAGGAGCCGGAAGCGGCGCCGGCCGCGCCGGUGCACGCAGCCGGACGGGGAACGGACAACUCCGUGGCAGCGGCAGUAGCGUAGCAUGGCGAGGCCUUCCGGUGUGAUGAUUUCGAUUGGUUUCGCCGUCGCCUCUGUUUUUUUUUUCCUUCUUCUCCUUCCUUUGUCUUCUUCCUCUCCCGCUGUUGCUGCCUGUCAUGCGCUGAGAGGAGGAGAAUCUGGAGCAACGCACAGUUUUUAAAACA